AUGGAUUACUACUAUAGGAGGCUGAUGGGCAACGACACCGUCACGUCCAAGUUCCGCAUCAACACGGGGUCAGAGGUCAAGUUCCGGGCUCAGACCGUGCCGAGAGUGCCCUCGUUGGAAAACGGCGCCACUCAUCACCCGUCCAACUGCGUGAGAUGCUACAAGCUCAAGAAGAAGUGCUCCAGAACUUACCCCAAGUGCUCGUAUUGCACGAGAGUCGGCUCAGAGUGUGAGUAUGUCGAUAGAAAACCCAAAAGGCCGUGCUUGGAGCAGGACAAACCUGCCGAGGACCUGGUGAAGGCUACACCGGCGGUUCACCAUCACCACUCCAAAGCAGUGUCUAUAGCCUCUUUGGUCCACUCAGAAGAGAAAGAGCAUUCAUUUGAAAACAUCGAACUACCGCCCACGGAACAGCUGGCGUCCAAAAGUGCCAUUGCAAAGAAAUUCAACGGCAGGUCCAUCGCAAAGCAUUCUAACAGUGGCCCACCAAAUUUGCUGGAUGAAUUCUUGGUGGUGAAGCCUAUCGCAGACGAACUGCUACCGCUGGCCUUUGCCAGCGCUUUCUUUGCCAGCUACGGCUGGAAAUACCCCGUGGUAGACAAGCGUGCCUUUUACAAAGCAUUCAACGCUAUGUCUUUCACCACAGAGACAUUGGUCACUCUAGAGGUCUAUCUCGUGUUGGCUGUCGGUUGCAUCAUCUUUGAUUCUGGAAAUAAUACCAAACACUAUGCAUCCAUCUUCAGUGACAAAAUGAUCGAGUCCAUCGUUGACAUCAUCACCUAUGACCCAGAGAUUGACACCCAAUGUGCUACCCUCUUGGUCCUUUUAUGCAUCUACGCAAUCAACGUCAGCUCCAAAGACUUGGCAUGGAGCGUACUAGGGUUCUUGAAUAGAACAAUCAUCUACAAAACUGAUUUUCUUGCCUUGUCUGAAAAUGGCCUUUCUAAGAAUGUCUUUUGGGCUGUGCACAAUUUAGACAGGGAGCUCAGCUUGGUGCUUGACAAACCUAGUCAAUUUGUUCCAGCACCGCUCAUCAAACAGAGCGCUGACUUCUCCGACGUCGAGGAAAACAAAUGUUUGGCGGCUCUCAUGGCCAAGGCGGUUGACAUGCACAAGCUCCAGGAUCGUGUAUUGUCACUGAAGCUUGGACUUCAAGAUAACAACGAGGAAGCGCUCCGACAGCUUUCAGUCGAUUUAGAGUCAUGGAGAGUGACUAUUUCUCUGGCCAUUCACAGUGAAUAUGCUGAGCUGCCCUUGCUUUCAAGAGUCAUUGGUAUGGUACACUUGGACUACUAUUACUUGCUUAUCGAGAUUGAUCAGCUUUCGUCGACCGAAUCGUUCCAAUUCACACUUCAAUUCCUUCUGACCUCCUUCAGCAUGUUGCUUAAUGAGCUGGGAGGUGAUAAAUUCGUUCCUGGAUUUUCACUUCACAUGUACUUCUGGUACCUGAAAUUCUUUAAAGUGAUUGACUACAAUAUGAAAUCUCUUUUGAGAACGCUUAACAACAAGGACCUAUCGAGAAGUGACAUCAGUCUCCGUGUGAGCGAUUUCAACGGAAAUCUCCAACUCAUCGUCAACUUGCUCAAGUAUUUGCUUAAUGGCACUCAAACACCCGACCAGUAUAGAAACAAGAUGACAAGUUUGUCGAAAAGACUCACACUUCUCAACAUCAAAUUAAUGGGAAGUAAUAUACUCAGCGGAUCAGACGAGCAGCUUACAGAGUUGUACGAAAAUAUCAAGCUGAUAACGCAAGAUUAA